AUGACUAUUGACAUUCAGGUGUUUUUUGCAUUCAACUCUAUGAAUAAUGGCCCAGCAUGUUUUUAUGCAGUGGAGGGGGUGGUUAUUAAAUCUGUCCCUUGGGCGCAUAACAAAAUAAAAGUUGCUCCUGCUACUGAACCGAGAGCCUUGAAGGUGGUAUCAUCUAGUUCAGUUUUUCACAUACGCCACGCUGUAGGUGUCCCAGAACAAAUUAGACUGAUGGUAAUAUGGACUUCUCUCUCCAGUAUAAAAUUUUGGACUGGGAUGGAGGCUGAUGGAUUGUUGUGGUUUCUGCACUCUCAGGGGAGUUUUCUUGGUCUUAUGUUGGGAUCCCGUAAGGCUGAAAUUAGGGUGAUACGGCGACGUUUCACAAUGACUCAGUCUUGGCUUAUUGAUAGCAGAGGACUUGCAAGGAAAGUGAAAAAUGCCACUCUACCUUCUGCAUCUCAGAUCAAAGAUUGUGGGGCAAAUCGUGAAUGCCCAAAUUGUCAUUACCGCAUUGAUAACAGAGAUGUUUCUCAAGAAUGGCCUGGUUUGCCUGCUGGUGUAAAAUUUGAUCCAUCUGAUGUAGAACUCCUAGAACAUUUGGCUGCAAAAUGUGGAGUGGGUAAUUUAAAACCUCACAUGUUUAUUGAUGAGUUCAUCCCAACACUAACAGAUGCCGAAGGAAUUUGUUCUACACAUCCAGAAAAUCUUCCUGGUGCCAGAAAAGAUGGAAGCAGCGUCCAUUUCUUUUACAAAAUUAUCAAUGCAUAUGCUUCUGGUCAACGGAAGCGCCGCAAGAUUCAUGAUCAACAUGGUACGAUAAAAGAGCAUGUCCGCUGGCACAAGACUGGUAAGACCAAGCUUGUGAUGGAAAAUGGAGUUCAGAAGGGAUGUAAGAAGAUAAUGGUUCUUUAUAGAACUUCAAAGAAGGGAUCCAAACCAGAUAAGUCCAAUUGGGUUAUGCAUCAAUACCAUUUGGGGAUUGAUGAAGAUGAGAAAGAAGGCCAAUAUGUUGUUUCAAAAAUUUGUUAUCAGCAGCAGAAGCAAACUGACAAGGAUGAUAAUUCUCUAGUUGUUGAAGAGCCUGAUAUGGGAACAAUUCGAACUAGUCCCAGGACUCCCAAGACAACCACCCCUAAUCCACCUCGCAAUGGAAAAUCUGUUUCACGUGAUGAUGUCACAGAUGAUUAUAUACUCCAGUCACCUGCCCAGAGCACCCUUAACUACAAAACAUUGGCAUUCAAUACACUUGUGGAUGCAACAUUUGUGUCCUUUCCUCUCCAACUCUACCUUGACCCUACAGAGGAGUUGGCAUUUUGUCACUCUGAUAAUGAGGAAGCAGAGUUUGUGACAGAAAUAUCUCAUCAUUCUUCAUCUCCUGCUCUAAUCAAUGAUGACAUGGAAUAUCCCACUUGUUUGGCUGGAGAAUCACAAGAUGUAGAUAUAGUUGGUGCAGAUGACUCAUUGUUAUGCAAUGAGGUUUUGGAUUAUAAUGCUCUUACCGAUUUGGGACUCAAUCAUGGCCCUUUCACUGGCUUUGCUCGCAACACUAAUGAUGUGCCUGAAGGAGAAGGCAAUGCUAAUUAUAACAUAGCUGACCUUGAGAACUUAGAAUUGGAUACACCACUAGAUUGUCAUCUCACAGAUUUGCAGUUUGGUUCACAAGACAGCAUUCUUGAUUGGUUGGACUGGUUGUAG